AUGGAUGGGAGCAUGGAUGAUGAUGUCCCCUUCAUCUUGACCCUGGACGACAGCGGGAGUACCCCACUGGCACCCUCUAACCACCUGGGUCAGGAGGAUUUGCCCAACGAAAAUGGAGGCGACUAUAUUAUCAGUGACUUGAGGGCAGCCAGCCCAGACUCAGGGGAUGGGAGCUCCCCCUUGAGUCCCACCCGACCCAGCUGGGAAAUGAAUUAUCAAGAGGCAGCAAUCUACCUCCAGGAAGGCGAAAAUAAUGACAAGUUCUUCACUCACCCCAAGAAUGCCCAUGCUCUGGCUGCCUACCUUUUUGUCCACAACCACCUGUUCUACCUGAUGGAGCUGACCACGGCUUUGCUCCUGCUGCUGCUCUCUCUCUGCGAGGCUCCUGCUGUCCCUGCUCUCCGACUUGGCAUUUACGUGCACGCCACCCUGGAGCUGUUUGCCCUUAUGGUGGUGGUCUUUGAGCUGUGCAUGAAGAUGCGAUGGCUGGGCUUCCACACCUUCAUCCGGCAUAAGCGUACCAUGGUCAAGACUGUAGUGCUGCUGGUCCAGUUUGUCGAAGCCAUCGUGGUGCUGGUUCGUCAGACAUCGCACGUGCGGGUGACCCGGGCCCUACGCUGCAUCUUCUUGGUAGAUUGCCGAUACUGCGGUGCUGUCCGUCGCAACCUGCGGCAGAUCUUCCAGUCUCUCCCUCCCUUCAUCGACAUCCUCCUCCUGCUACUCUUCUUCAUGGUGAUCUUUGCCAUCUUGGGAUUUUAUUUGUUCUCCCCAAAUUCCUCGGACCCGUACUUUAGCACCUUGGAAAACAGCAUUGUCAGCCUCUUCGUCCUGCUCACCACAGCUAACUUCCCAGAUGUCAUGAUGCCCUCGUACUCACGGAGCCCCUGGUCCUGCGUCUUCUUCAUCGUGUACCUCUCCAUCGAGCUGUACUUCAUCAUGAACUUGCUCCUGGCUGUCGUGUUCGACACAUUCAAUGACAUCGAGAAACGCAAGUUCAAGUCUCUGUUGCUUCACAAGCGCACGGCCAUCCAGCACGCGUACGGCCUGCUCAUCAGCCAGCGGAGGCCCUCUGGGAUCUCCUUCCGGCAGUUUGAAGGCUUAAUGCGGUUUUACAAGCCCCGGAUGGGGGCUCGGGAGCGCUAUCUCACCUUCAAAGCUCUGAAUCAAAGCAGCACCCCUCUGCUCAGUCUGAAGGAUUUUUAUGAUAUCUAUGAAGUUGUUGCCUUAAAAUGGAAGGCAAAACGCAAUAAAGAACACUGGUUCGAUGAGCUUCCCCGCACGGCCUUCCUCAUUUUCAAAGGCAUUAACAUCCUAGUGAAAUCCAAAGGCUUCCAGUAUUUCAUGUAUGUGGUGGUAGCCGUCAACGGUAUAUGGAUCCUCGUGGAAACUUUCAUGCUGAAAGGCGGAAACUUCUUCUCCAAAAACGUGCCCUGGAGUUACAUUGUCUUCCUCACCAUCUAUGGGGUGGAACUGCUCCUGAAGACCACAGGUUUGGGGCCUGUGGAAUAUCUCACCUCUGGAUGGAACCUUUUUGACUUCUCCGUAACGGCAUUCGCCUUCCUGGGACUCUUAGCCUUGGCUUUCAACAUGGAGCCCUUCUACUUCAUUGUGGUCCUGCGCCCACUCCAGCUCCUGAGGUUGUUUAAGUUGAAAAAGAGGUACAGGAAUGUGCUGGACACCAUGUUUGAGCUGCUCCCUCGCAUGGCCAGCCUGGGCCUCACCCUGCUCAUUUUUUACUACUCCUUUGCCAUCGUGGGCAUGGAGUUCUUCUGUGGAAUUCUCUACCCCAACUGCUGCAACACCAGCACAGUGGCCGAUGCCUAUCGUUGGAUCAACCACACGGUGGACAACAAGACCAGCGUGGACGAGGGCUACUAUUAUCUCAACAACUUCGACAACCUCCUCAACAGUUUCGUGACCUUGUUCGAGCUUACAGUGGUCAAUAACUGGUACAUUAUCAUGGAAGGGGUCACCUCCCAGACUUCCCACUGGAGCCGCCUCUACUUCAUGAUAUUCUACAUUGUGACCAUGGUGGUGAUGACCAUUAUCGUAGCCUUCAUCCUUGAGGCCUUCGUUUUCCGAAUGAACUACAGCCGGAAAAACCAGGACUCUGAAGUAGACAGAGGCAUCAUCCUAGAGAAGGACAUUUCCAAGGAGGAGCUGAUGGCUAUACUGGAGCUCUAUAGGCAGAUCCAGGCUUCUGCUUCUGACAUCUCUCAACUCCUGAAAAUCCGCUCACAGAUGGAUAAAUACGGGCAAAACUCUGUGGUGUUUCUGGGAAGAAGGUCGAAGACCAAAAGCGACCUGAGCAUAAAGAUGUACCAAGAAGAGAUAAAGGAAUGGUAUGAGGAGCACGCCCGGGAACGGGAGCAGCAGUACAGGCAGGAGGGCCCCAUCAGCACCACAUCCCAGCAGUGCCCGGGAGGCCGCCCUCGCUCUCAGACCAUCAUCUAGCCUGCCCCAGCCAAUGAAAGCCAUUUCUUCUAUGCAAUAACACAAUAGUAUUAUUUUACAAUAAUGGGUUGAACUAUGUACACGUGGGUAACGCCCCUGUGCCCACUCUCCAUUUUUCCUAACUCCAAAAGCGAGUGGCUUUGGAAGAGUGGCCCGGAUGGGCCUCCUCCACUGAGGUGACCUUAAGCUGCAGAAAAACCUUUUUUUAAAAAGAACCGACCCCUCCUGCGGGCUGUGCCCACAGCCACCUCCCCCAAACGGAUCGCCCCAACGCACAGCGCCUCGGGGCUGAUCUGGCACCCGCCACCCCCCACCUAGCUACCUGUCUCAGUUUAGGGACAAAACCACUGAAGGAAAGAAGCAAAGCCCCCGCGGUCCGUGUUUCUGUAGGAUCCAUGAGAACGUCGUGCCCUGCACAGCAGGGCCCCCGGCAGGGAGGGGGCUGCCCACCAGCACGGGCUCAGGGCCUGGGAAAGGCCACGUCGAGGCUCCCUUCCAGACGCUUCCGUGUCAGUCCUCUUGUUAAACCAUCUCCCGUUCCCUCAGCAUUCGUCCCAAAUGGCCCAUAGAGGCAGGAGCCCCUCGUUCCACGUGCUCCGGGCAGCCGCCGCCGUAGCGUCUCCCACCUGUCCUCGGGGGGGCCUCCUCGCCGGGCUGCAGACAUGCCGGGCCCCCCCUUCUCGAGAGCCAGGCAGAGCGUGCGGGCCCCGGGACUUCUCCCACGAGCUCAUCCCCCACAUACUUUUUAAGUUAAACUUGUCGCCUUGUGACGAGACUGGCCCGUCACCUAGAUUAAGGAAAAGGAUCCUAUUUAAUGAUGAAUUCUGCUUGGUUACAGUCCGGCGAACUGAAGUCUUACUGUGUUUUCAUUAAUCAUGUUUAUAUGAAAUUAUAUUAAUGCGUGUAUGUAUCUCUACAUGUGUAUCAUAUUCUCCUUUGAGAAGGAGAGGGCCAGAAGCAGCCUCCCUGGAGCUUCUGAUUCACAAUGAGCACCUCUCGAGGCUGGCUGGUGCCCUUCUCGCUCCUGCUCUGCAGGUACUGACCGUAAACUCCCCUCCGUCAUUCCUGCCGCUGCAGGGAGGAGGACCUAGAGGGGAUCCCCUUCAACAUGGACGCACAAACCCCCAUUCCCUAAAGCCUUCAUUUGGCUCCCCUGGCCUUGGGCCGGGCCACAGCCUGACUGUUCUCUCUCUAGCUUAGAGCCCGGGACAAUUGUAAGAUCCUUGUGCCUAGGGGGGAGGGACCUUCCUCAGAGCUCCUCUGGUUCAAGUGGUGCCCCGGAGCCCCUCCUAGGCCAUCAGCAUGGAUGCGGGGAGGGGAGGCUUCCAGAAGUGGGGAGCAGCAGCACCGAGACUUCAGCCAUUUGGAAGCUGCCUUUGGUCCCCUGCUUUCCGAAACCUGCUUGUCCUCUUGGGCUUGGGAGCAAGGGUCAUGGGAUUGGGGGGCCCUUCCUGGCCAAGGAAAAGCAAAAUCUACAGAAAAGUCCAGGUCGAAAAGAGCAGCUGGUCUGGGUGUUUCACACUCCAGACUUCCUGCUGCCACCACUGCCCAACUGGAUGUGAAGAGGGUGAGCACCUUCUUCCUCUGUAUAGCCAAUUCAUCAACAGGGAGCCACUGGGCAGCUAGUGGGGCCUGUGGGGCAUUCUCCAGUUGUUGGCAGCACCCACGUCCCCUCCCCUUCUCACAUUCCCAUGAGUGACAGGAGACCGGGCCACUGGUUCUUUCAUCUUUCGUUUGGGAUUUUCCCCUCCAUUUUUAUUUUUCUAAGUUCCUCCCCUUAGUCUGAGAAUGGGAAAGACUAUUGAGUCCUGCAGAAGAGAGCUAAGAUGGGGGCCCCAGAAGAUAACCCUGGUACUUUCUGGCUGUCUCCUUUGGGGCACAGGUUCCUGAUGUCAUUUAGGAGGCCCUUCCUAGCCAGGCCAGAGGGACUGAUGGAACAAGCCCAGCCCUCCAUCCCCAAGGGAAAAAACACAAAGGUGAUCAAGUGUUUGUACUUUGGGUAACUGGGACCUUUGGUGGAUAUAUUGGAUUCUGGAGACUAAUCAAAUCAA